CUUCCAAUGAAAAUAAUCAUGUUGAGAACAGCACACAAGGAAGAUGACAACGCUGCCUUUCUUUAUGUCCUCGAUCACCGCGAUGCCCAGUAAGAUUUCAUCGCCAUAGUUUUCCUAGACGGUGAGCCUCCGCAAGAUAAAAAGGCCACAGCAUCAUGACAGAGAACGCAGCAGCGUUGGCUUCCUUAAGCCAGAUAUGUGGCGCAGAAUUGCGUCUGGCGGAGCUGGUUUACAUCCGGUUCUAUGCGCAACAUCCAACUUCGAGGAGUGCUGCAUUGCAACAGUUAAGGCUUUAAGAAAUUUGUAUCUUUCGCCAAGUAUUACCCAGGAGUUGUAAGACAUCGUGGAGCUGCUGACCCAGUGUCUCCUGUGGUCUAAGGAAAAUGCAGAUCAUGGUGCUCAAGAAUCAGUUGAUACUCUUCAAGAAUCGUAGAUGACGUAGAUGACGCUGAUGAUCCUCUAAGCCUCGAGGUGGGAUCAUUUGAGUAAGUACUAAGUAGAAAUAAUCAUUUGCGUAAGUAAGUACUUGGAUAUUUAUAAAGCUCUCCUUUUCGUUUUAAGGACUUGGAUAUUUAAAGCUCUCCUUUUUCGUUUUCUACUUGGAUAUAAAGCUCUCCUUUUCGUUUUCUUUUCUAUCGCUAUACUGUCCUUUCCUCCGUUCUACUCUCUUUUUCUUUUCUAUCGCUAUCCUAUUCUAUCCUCCGCUUUAAAACACGUCACGCGUCGCUGUUAUCUCGGGAUUGGGAAGCAUGCUCUGUAUUUGGUCAAAAGGGACCUCUCGGAUAUGAUUCCAGGUGGCCAGAUCUAUUUCGCCCAUAUUGAGCAAUUGUUAAGGCCCAGAUAGAAGUAUUAGUAAGUAUUAGUAACUGUGACUGUGAAGGCCCAAAUAGUAUUAGUAACUGUAGUGACUGUGUUGAGUAACACUUAACUGUGUUGGGUAACACCCGCCCCAGAUAGUAUUAGUAACUGUGUUCUUGAGUAACUACACUAUUUAGUGACUGUAACUAACACCAUUAGAAAGUUUCUUUUUUCUAGUUAGGUCGGCUCCACCACAACUAUUAGAAAGUCUCUACGGUGGUCGCGAAUUUUCAAUGAAGAAGUAGAUACUUCACUCUAAUCCUCUAAUCCUAGUAGAAGACAGUAUGGGGCAUACGGAUUUCUGUGUGCAGAUGAACGAGAACCGCCCAAGCAAUUGGGACUCACCUCGGCUCUUCAUCGUUGCUGCUAAUCGAGCGACCAUCUUGAAGCAAAUCGAGAUUGCGUUUCUGUCAGACCAUAUGUGGCGUUUCGCGAGAGUGGUGUCGUUUCCGAAAGUUACGGGGAUGGAGUACUUAUGUUCCUUUUUAAGCGGCAACCAAAACCAUGUUGGCACAGAGGCAGAUUCGCUGGCUCUAUUGGAUCGUAGAGGAGCGGGCUCCUUACUUUCUAGUCGACUCCUUGGGUGUAAUAAAGGAUUUACAUCACUCCUGUGCAAUAAAGGAUUUACCAGUUGUAGUCAUAGUCAUAGUGCGAUUCGUAGUUUCUAAUUUUCUAGUCGCAUGCUUGAACGAUUUGGAGCUGCGGGAACGGGGGUCCCACACGGAACAAGGGGUCUACACUAUGGAACGGCAUCUUCUGGUGCUCCCUUUCGCAGGUUUCCGAAGGUGGGAACUUGGAGAAUACUUCUUUUUUUUGUUAUGACUUUGACUGAGUGACUAGAGUUAGAGUGUACUACUUAGCUAUUUCUUAUUCGAGAGAGUUGCAAGAUUUUCUUGGUCUUCUUCGGUCUGAGUCAUCAUUUAGCUCUCCUGUAUGAAGAGCGGAUGGAUCACGGCUGUGUGACGUCUAACACUUCCCCAAUCCUUCGAGCGGAUCGGAAAGAGUACCUACGCCAACGUCCCUCAGAAGGUGACUUUGGAUGUCUACGUGCAUGCGAAGCAGGCUCUACACGAAGCAGAACGAAGAGAGAGACAUGUAAGGUGGCUUGGUUUGGACUACAAGGCGUAUUUGACACGGCAACUAGGAGAGAACAAACGCGGGGAUCAUUGGAUGAUGUAUAAGAAUUAAGACGGUGUUUUGUACUAUCGUAGUGCUGGUGGAGGUUAGUGGUAUAUGAAAUACUAUUAAUACUUUUCGGAGAACAACUACGGAUGAAUACCUAAAGGGGACUACUAUGUAGUUCUAGUGGUAGAAGGUGUCUACUUUUUUUCCGUCGCAUAGAAGUAAAUGCAGGAUGAGAACGCGAUGCCCCGUUUUUAAUUCUUCAUGGUAGACUCAUUUGCUCACAAAAACGGGUGUUCCCUGUUGCUGUUCCAUUUCCUUGUUUCUUUAGCAUCCUCUCUAAGGACCCCACAGCUUCCUGAAAAAGAUGGAUCUCUCUGACGACGUGGCAGCUUAUUCUGGUUGGCAGAUCGUCAUGCAGUGCAAAGGGACGUCGCUUUUCUUGUCCUGUAUCUUCCUCAGACGACACUUUUGUCCGCCAUUGUUGGACACCGUUCAAGAUGUCGUG